AUGUUGCUAGGCAACACAUGUUUGUGACCGUACACUGAGCACUGACUAAUGUGUUAACGCUUUAUCUCUAAGCUAUCUUAACAUCACACGUUUUCCGUGUUAUUUCUGCAAUAUAAACAUAUACGAUGCCACCAAAGAACAAAGGCACAAGUAAAAAGCCUGCAAAAGCAAUGACUCCUACACUAAUAGAUGGCCUUACCAAGGAGGAGAUGUCCAAGGAGCAGCUGGAAGAGCACAUUGUGCGCCUUCGAGAAGAGCUGGAUAGAGAGAGAGAAGAGAGAAACUACUUUCAGCUGGAGAGGGACAAGAUCCACACCUUCUGGGAGAUCACAGAAAGACAACUAGAGGAGGCCAAAGCUGAACGCAAAAACUUGGAUAAGGAAAUAGAGGAUGAUGAAGGGCGCUACCAAGUAGAGAUCAAGGUGUAUACGCAGAAGAUGAAGCACCUCCUGUGUGAACACCAGAACACCAUCUCUGAACUGAAAGCAGAUGGUUUAAUGUCCGCUGGCACGAUGCAGAAAGAGCAAGCACGACUAGAGAAUGAGCUUCACAAGAGAAUGGGGAGCGUCAGGGUGGACAUGCAGAAACUCGACAUUGAAAAGCUUGUCAAUGAGCUCGCACAGAAACAUGAAGAAGAAAUGACUACAACAAGGAACAGCUGCGAGAAGGAGCUCGCAGAAAUUCAGGCCAAGCAUGAGAAAAAGCUGGAGAUGCAGCAACAAGAGCUGGACAACAUGAGGAAAAAUGAAACCAGUGAUAGAAAAGAUUUUGGGAACAGCCACAUCAACUAUCUCAUCAGAGACUAUGAAGAUGUUUUCAGUAAAUUUCAUGCACUCGCAGUAGACAUGAAACAGGAUUUGGAUGUAAAUGUUUCACUGAAGGAAGAGAUUCAAGACAUGAAGGUGAAACAACAGGAAAUCGACCUGCGAGGUGUUUUUCAGAGUAACAAGAAUCUCCGUGAUCUUCUCUCAAAAGUCAAGGGGGAAGCUGAAGUCAUGGAAAAGAUUAGAUUCUCUGUGCAGACAAAGGAUCCCAAUGAAGAUGUCAGAAUAAAGGAGCUGACUGAUCAGAAAAGGGAAUAUGUGGUACUGGAACAGAAAUUAGGCGAGCUUCAGCAGGAAAGGGACGAGCUGUAUAAGACAUUCACUCAGAACGUUGAGAAGGUGCAGCAUAAUGCAGGUUUGAAGAUCACACGGCUGGAAAAGAGAAUGAAAGCCAUGACAGACAGCCUGGAGAAGACGCAGGCUCAGCUCUCCUCAGUGCUCUCUGCCCCUAAUAUGGACCAAACUGCCCUUGGUGGGGUCACAAACAGAAUUAAGGAAGAAAUUGACUCCAGCAAUGAUUCCAUUAAGAACUUACAGUAUAAAAAAGCAAAGAUUUCCAAGGCCUGUAAGGAACUGCUGCUGACCCACGAGGCAAAGCAGAGAGCGUUUGGAGUCCCUGUGGAGGAGCUCUGUGUAAAGCCUGUUGACAGCAGUCUUGCUUUACAGCGUCUGGAACUAAACUAACUAAAACCAAAGACUGAACCCUUU